AUGGCACCACUCAGCCUUUACAUCUGUAGCGACGUCGCGCCAUUAGCCACCUCGAUGUACUCACACCCCGCUAUGCCGCUUGUCACUCAGCUUUCUGCAUUAGCGACCAUCGUCACCCCGACGACGCCCUAUACAUCCAAGGCAUCUCCGUCCUCCAUCUCGGACAUUGUACACGAGAUCUCCAAAGCAGAUGUCGCCGCUCAGCCUACCUCAACUCUGGACCUAAAGCUUAAAUCUAGCUCCUCUGGAGCCGAGGGUGGUUUGUCAACAAUGGCUGUAGUUGGCAUUGUCGGUGGUAUAAUCCUGGCCAUGAUCAUCGGGGUGUUUAUCGUGGUGAAAGUGUGUCACCAUUGA